CGGCUGCCCGUGGCGGAAGAAGGACGUUGUCCUCAGUGCGGCUUCCACUCAGACCGAGGCCGCGCCGGGGGUCCGGCCCGGAGAGGGGCGUCGUGGGCCCCGCGGUUCGCCAACGCGGCACGCGGACCCCCCGCCCGGGGCCUGGCCCGCUGCUGGGGCUGAGCGGCCCCGCGUACCGGCCCACGCGCGCUCGCGCCCGGGAUCUGGCGGGCCGCCCAAGGCCAGGUCGCGCGCGCGUGCGCGUGCUCGGGCAGCGCCAGGCUUGGUCCGCCAGGCGUUCGGGCUCGUCCCGAACCUCGGCCCGGUUCCUUUCGGAGUGCAGGCCAGAAGCGCUGCGAGGGCCGCCCCGCCAUGGAAGGAGCAGUUUAGGUGGACCGUCCAGGGCCGUCCCCCUGUUCUUUUAGCCGGCGGCCUCUGCCAUUCGAAGUCCUAGAUCGAAAGACCAUCUCCUCGGCUGCUGUGCACAGCUAUGAAACAGAAGAACAGUGGCCAGAACCUGGAAGAGGACGUGAGUCAGAAUGAACAGAAGACAGAUACUCCUUCCCCAGAGAAGAUACUCCUGGACGAGAAGGUCAAGCUAGAAGAGCAGCUGAAGGAGACUGUGGAAAAAUAUAAGCGAGCUUUGGCAGACACUGAGAACUUGAGGCAGAGGAGCCAGAAAUUAGUGGAGGAGGCAAAAUUAUACGGCAUCCAGGGCUUCUGUAAGGACUUGCUGGAGGUCGCAGAUAUCUUGGAGAAGGCGACGCAGAGUGUCCCGAAGGAGGAGGUCAGAGACGACAAUCCUCACCUCAAGAACCUCUAUGAGGGGCUCCUGAUGACGGAGGUCCAGAUCCAGAAGGUGUUCACCAAACACGGCUUGCUACGGCUGAACCCCGUGGGUGCCAGGUUCGACCCCUAUGAGCACGAGGCCCUGUUCCACACACCAGUGGAGGGCAAGGAGCCCGGCACGGUGGCACUGGUCAGCAAAGUGGGGUACAAGCUGCACGGGCGCACCCUGAGACCCGCACUGGUGGGGGUGGUGAAGGCAGCUUAGUGGCCUCAUGGGGCUCCCGUGGGUUCUUUGCGAUCCCCUGCUGUAGCUCUUGAAAGGUUCAUCUUUGUGAAUACCUUUGACCCUUUCCCUGUCCUUGUUGGAAAGCUUUAGUAACCAGUGGCUAAACAGAAAAUGAAGCCGGUUUCACAGAUGCGUGAAUGAACUUAAAUUUGGGAGUCUGUUCGUUGAUUUUUAAUACACCUUUAAUCGCUCUACAUGCUUAGAGAACAGGCCGGCGGGACACGACUGGACCCAGAGGGUCAUGAAUCAUGCUCUAGCUGGUUAAAGCCUAGCGACGUCCAGGUACCAUAAAUGAGUCAAUGCCUUCGGGAACCCCACUUGGGCUGCCCGCUGUGGCUCACCCGGGUCCCGGGCACUCAGCCCGAACCUUCCUGUGCAGAAGGGAAGGCGAGAGCUUGAGCGUGUUCUUCCUGCUUAGAAAAGUUUCGCCAUGCCCUCACUGAAGAACAUACAAGUUCAUUUGUAAUUCGUUAGGGUCUAGCAACGAAAAUACCCGACUUCCGGCUUCCUUCUGGAGAUGGGAAGUGAGCACAUGUGCCUGAACAGGCCUCACCAGCUUAUUUUGCCCGUUACUGAAUUUAACAAAAUCAGUCACUCUUGACCUUUUGUUCAUCUAUUUGCAGAAAUGUUCAGAUCUCUAGUAGCCACUUACUGAUGACCGGAAGGUCUUUACCGUAGAAAGACGGACUUGCUCAAAAUCCAAGGAUUGCAUGCUUCGUACAUUUUAAAUGUCAAUGUUUAAUUUUCAAAUUUUAUUUAAGAGGAUUAAAGCCCUAAUGUGUUUAUUUUCCUA